UUUAAACGUACAAACUAUCAAAGACAGGAGUCAUAAAAUAUCUAUUGCAGAUCUGCUGAUAGGGACCAAGGAUUAAAAUCAGUGCACAUGCACGGAUACCCAUUGCUAAAUAUAUCGAAUAAUGUCACUCCUGGGCAGUUCCUGGAAAAGACCUGACUCUUAAACAUACACGUACUUUGGACAUCGUAAAGGAAGCAUUGCUUGUUUCAUAGGACACAAUGGAUAGAUUUGGUGUGCAUUAUAAAGACAAGCUACAGUCGGUAUGGGGAUCUAUCAAGAAGGAUGUGAGACUCUCGGACAUUGCUGACUCUCUUGUGGAGAGUAAAGCACUCUCCGUGGAACUGUGGGAAGAAUUAAAAUCUUCCCACCUCUCUGAGAAAGACCGAAUAGAAAAGUUCCUCUUCGCCCUGAUAAAAAGCAAUUCUGUGGCGAAUUUCCAAGCCUUUGUUGACGCGCUUAGAAACGCUGGAUUUGGUCAUAUUUCUGCUAAACUUCAUUCGAAAGAAACAGGUGCUCCUAACCUACAUCUUACUGGACAUCACUUCCAUAGUCAAACCGAAAAUCCUCGCAACCACAGCGGAGCGUCGGGUACUGUUGAAUCUGAUACAUCGAUGAAAGACAGAGUGACAACAUUGGAACAACUAAUGGAGAGACUGGAGAUGAUUUACGAAAGACAGGAGGAAACACAGAGACAAGUGGAACGACAGGGAGAGAAGACUGAUCGCGCCUUUUCAGACCAGCAAAAGCAAUUUGGGGUACUCCUGGAGAACAACGAUGUUAUCAAGAAUCAAAUGGACACCAUCACUACAGACAUCGAAAACAAGUUUGAUGCUAUGCAAACGUACAACGAGGAAAAAUUCGGAGCUUAUGAACUUUUAAAACAAAGACAUGAAGAGCUCCUCGAAGAACAUACGAAGAAGGAAGAGGAGUUGAAAGCUCUACAGACCCAACUAGAGAAUAUCGAAUCAGAUUCUCAGGUACCCCCCGACGAUAGAUUCACUGCUCUGCAGACUCAGUUCAUUGGCCUGAAAGAAAAGAACGAAGAAAGAGUGGGAAGACUAAAAAACCUGAACAUCGAGAUCAAAACUUUUCUCAAGAAAUUCGCCGAAACGUUCCGUGUGCCACAUCCACAGCAUCUAAAUGAGAUUGAAGAACAUUUCCAUUCUGUACAAGAUAGAAUGCAAAAGUUAAAGUCUGACAACGAUUCUCUGAUGGACAAGUUGCAGAAACUAGUGGAAGAAAACGAAAAUCUGAUAAUGAAGAAUAGAAAUUUGGAAGAGGAAAUGGUCAACGUGGAUAAAAAGAAAAGCAAGUUUGAACAAAACUUAAAAAACACGAAGGAAUGCAAGAACGAUAAGUGUCUAAGAUUGAAAGGAAAGAAAUGUCACUGAUGUCACAAUGCCAUUGAUUCCCAAUGGAAUCCGUCGACAACAUUACUUGUAAUGUUCUUAAUUCCCAAUGAAAUCCGUCAAAAACAUUGCUUCUGUUGAUACCUCAUCCAUUUCCCAUAUCUGCUCAAAUCAAGGGAGCAAUGCUUUUGCUCACUCCAGAUGUACAUAUUCUUAAUCAUUUCCUGAUGUGAUAACAUGGUACCAUUUGGGAGAUCAUAUGACUACAGAUUGGUCAAUUCUAUGUAUUCAUCUUAUUACCUGCCCAUGUUUCAGCAAAUGUCAGCUGCCCUCUCCCUUACAUAUCUGAUGUGAACUAUAGACUAUUACAUCAAAUAACAUGUCCCACAAGUCUAUGAUGUAUGUACCUACAUGUACAGACGCUAAACGAUACAACCUGUCGUCAGAUGGAAUAUUUAAUGCUUAGUCCUCCUAGCCACCACCGGGUUAGAAUAGGCACUCAGUACCCCUUGCUUGCCGUAAGAUGCGACUAAAUGGGGCGGUCCUUCGGAUGAGACACCAAAAAACUGAAGUCCCGUGUCACAGUAGGUGUGGCACGAUAAAGAUCCCUCCCUGCUCAAAGGCCGUAAGUGCCAAACAUAAGAUUAAAAUUUGCAGCCCUUCACCGGGACAUUAAACAAUAUACAACCAACAUAGCCACCAGGAGCUCUAAUGGCAAUACGUGUAGAAGAGAACAUUGGUUUAAAAUUUAAAAUGUGUGCUACAUUGUUUACCCUCAUUGACUUUUGCAAGACCUCGCUGACAUGCAUCUGCGCAACUCGUGCCAAGAUUGUGUACAUUGACUAGCAUUCGAGAAAAGGGCAUUUAGGCUUUUCCAACACGCUGAUAGAUUACCGAAUUACACACUGUCAAAUAAAUUUAAAUGUCCGGGUGAUUUUAAGCUCUACAGACUGUGAUGUUAAGGUUAUUCAUUGAAGUAAAAUUUUAUUUUAAAUCUUUUUGAUACAAUUUUAUCAAAUCGUUCGUUUAAGCACCUCUUGUGAAUUAUGAUUGUACCGUCGAAAGUGAAACAAACUCUCAUUUAUUUUAUAUGAUUUAUUGUGUGUUGUUUUUUGCGUGAUGAAAAAAAAUUGUUUUCUUUGAUAAUGCAGAAACGCUUCACUCUGGCAUACAUGAUGAUGAUGACCUCAUUUUAAUGUUUGUAAAGGUGAACAGUUUUUGUUGAAUGUGGCCUUUUACAAGAACUCUAUUAAUAUAUUUCAUUAUUUUCCAGUCACACAGAACUAAACCCCGGGCUGGCGGUUUUCCUUUCUCUAGUACUUACUUCUCUAUUUUACAUUCAUUUUGUUGUUUCGGUGAUUGGUCUUCAAAUAAAAUACUACGCAUCAA